AUGUAACAUACCAAUAAUAAAGCAAAAAAGUCCUACUCUUUUUCUAAAGCAAAACGGUUUUCGUAAACAAAUACAAAUUACAUCACUGCUAAUUACAAUAUUAAUAGAAACCUAAAUAAUAGGGGUCAUUCUAUUGGGAAAGGUCCUAGAUCUGAUUUUACUAAAUCCUUCAGCAAUGCUCCUCCUCCAACAUAAUAUAUCAUCUCAGGUCUCUUUAAUCUGCCUAAAGAGAAAGGAAUUACAUUUGGCAUUUCAAGAGAUGUUUAACAUAUAAAUUAAUAUUCAUAAUAGAAGACCAAAGAAUUAGGGUAUAUUACUUAAGGAAUUCAGAGAAAUCCUGGAGUAGGCAAUUAUAAUUGUUCUUAUUGCUAUGAUCCAAAAAUAUAAUACACUAUGAGACCAAAAACAUAAUCUAAUUGGUUACCUAAUUUCUUAUAGGAGUAAAACUUGGAAUGCAUUCCUGGGCCAGGGAAAUAUGAUUCUACUGAUAUUGAUUAAAUGGGUUAGACUAUUUAUGCUAGAUAUAGAAGUUCCAGAUGUUCCAAAAUAGGCAAAGAGGAACGAUUUUAAAAAAUAAGUAGUUAAGAAAAUAAUUUAGGACAUAGUAGUCCAGGUCCAAAUACAUAUAAAUAAACAGAUGGUCUAAACGAUUCUGGGUUGUAUUUUGAAUCAAAACAUCGUGGUCAAGGAAAGAGAAUUAUUUGUAAGGAACCAAGACGAAGCUUUAUAGAUCAGAUCUAUUAAAGGAAACCUUAUGAUUAGAAAUUCUUAAACCACUCAAACAGAGCUUUAGAUUCUCAAAUUAAGCUAUAUGAAUCAGAAUAUUGA